AUGGAACAAAAAAACCAAGCUUCACAUCCCCCAAAGGAUUUCGUUGAAGCGACUACUGAAGUGGGGACUCCUGUCACCAACGCCGAGGCAAACCGCACCACCCCUCACGAUACCAAGGAGACCACCACCACUUCGGAAACUCUUACACAGCUAGCAAAGCAAAACGUCGCUCCCUUUCUCGCAAAAUAUCACCCACGCCAAUAUGCCCCUUUUCGAUCUGAGGACGGCACUCCUUCCAUUCCCCGUGCUGUGAACGCUGGCUACUGCUAUCGUCACCAGCCAGAUUCAAAAUGCAGUCGCCAGGCAGAUGAGAAAUCCAUGCGUCAGCUUCAGCAGGAACUGGAGACCCUCCCUCAGGAUGAUCAACAGGGAAUCGCCCAUGUCUGGUCGCUGUUUUCUGCGGCCCCGGCAAAGCAGCGCAAACUGAUGCUCCAGGGCGUCUUGGCACAGUGCUGCUUCCCUCAAUUAUCCUUCAUCUCUGCCAGCGUCCGCGAAUUGAUCCGAAUCGAUUACUUGACAGCUCUCCCCGCUGAGCUUUCCUUCAAAAUUCUGCGUUAUCUCGACACCGCCUCUCUCUGCCGCGCUGCCCAAGUAUCUCCCCGAUGGAGAGCAUUGGCUGACGAUGACGUUGUCUGGCAUCGCAUGUGCGAACAGCAUAUCCGACGGAAGUGCAACAAGUGUGGAUGGGGCUUGCCUCUUUUGGACCGGAAGCGCCUGCGUGAAUCCAAGCGCGAGAUCGAACUUCGAGCGACCAACUGGGGAAAUGAAACUCAGAAUCAAGGAUUGAAUCCACCCGCGGACGGUGCCCCGAACGGAACUUGUUCAGUGGUCACAUUGCCGAAGGACAAUAAACGCAAGAUUGAAGAUGAACACAGCUGUCAUCAGAUCAAGAGGCACUGUGUGUCACCUGCCUACAAGCCCGUUGCCGAUGAUGACUACUACAAGACUCGCUAUCGCCCAUGGAAGGAUGUUUAUCGUGAUCGCUUCGAGGUUGGUCUGAACUGGAAGCAUCGACGUUGUUCGGUGAAGGUCCUCCGCGGUCACACUGAUAGUGUCAUGUGCCUCCAAUUCGAGGAUAAUAUUCUCAUGACCGGCUCCUACGAUGCGACGGUUAAGAUCUGGGAUAUGGAGACUGGCCAAGAGCUACGCACACUCAGAGGCCACACCGCUGGAGUGCGCUGUCUCCAAUUCGACGAUACCAAGUUGAUCACUGGCAGUCUCGAUCGAAGCAUCCGAGUUUGGAAUUGGCGCACUGGAGAAUGUCUCUCCAAGUACAAUGGACACGCUGAGGCAGUCAUCGCUUUGCACUUCGAUUCCACCCUUCUUGCCUCUGCCUCGGUCGAUAGAACCGUGAAGAUCUGGAACUUCAAAGACAAAUCGACCUUCAUCCUUCCUCACCCUGAGGGCGUCAACGCUGUCAAGAUUGACACCUCUUCCCGGACUGUCUUGACUGCCUGUGAUGAUGGUGCCGCUCGCCUGUGGGAUCUUGACACCAAGACCUGCAUUCGUGUUUUUAACAACCAUAUCGGUGCAGUGCAGCAAGUCAUCCCUCUACCACGCGAGAUUGAACUGGAGCACCUCGGAGACUGUGAAAACGACCAUGUCAGCACGGCUUCCAACAACGGUGACGCUCCUGUGAACAUUCUCUCGCCUAUCCUAGAAGCUAGGUCCCUUCACGGCCAACCUUCUUCAUUCGGUUCAUCCUUCGACCAAGAUGAAGACCGCAAGGAGCCACCCCGCUACAUCAUCACGAGCGGUGUCGACGCAACGAUCCGCCUUUGGGAAACCAACACCGGUAGAUGUCUACGCACAUUCUUCGGUCACCUGGAAGGCAUAUGGGCCUUGUCUGCCGAUACCUUGCGCAUCGCCUCCGGCGGCAUGGACCGCAUGGUGAAGAUCUGGGACCCGCGCAUUCCCACCUGCCAAGAGACCUACGAAGGCCACUCCGCAGCGGUCAACUGCAUUGGCCUGAGUGACAGUCGCUUCAUCACCGGCGGCGACGAUUACCACGUCCGCAUCCAUGACUUCCGCGCAUAA